CCGACCUACCUAUCCCAUGCCCGAUCUAUUCAAAUCUUGAUCAGACAAUCUCGCACUGCACGUUCUUUUUCAAUCAUUCUUGUCAACAGCGUAUCGAAUCAAAUAUUCAUAAUGAGGACAAAACAGGCAACAGAGGAGAAGUACAAGGAGCUCCGAAGCAGAAAACCCCGACCAGAGUACCUCCACAUUCUGACAAAAAUCUACUCCCCAAACCCUCCAAGACUUCCGAAGCAGGAACUGCUUUUGAGGUUUUGCCAUAAUGUCCUGCAAGAUCAACACAUAUACGAGAUCGGUGGGAACAAACCACACAUGGGCUUGUUGACGCCUUUUAUCGACAAAUACCCUUCUUUCCAAAGCGCAAUAGAUAUUUAUCUCAACGCCCUCCCGCAGGCGGACCGCUGCCGCAUAAAGCGUCUUGGGCGAGAUUACAUCCAUCUGAAUCAUACAACCUUGAUUAGAACUCGCGGGAGUUGGAGGAAGAUUGAUGAACCUCCCAUCGUGGAUCAUGUGUUCAAAAACUUCUUGAGCUGGAGAAGCAUUCACUGGAAAGACGUUAAGUGGAGCCUGGAUCAGAUAGACGAUUCGUUGGUCGAUGAAGAUGUUAAACCUCUGUCGCCUGAUCAAACAGACGAUUCGCUUACUGCUGAAGAAGAUAGUCCUAGGCUGCCAGGCCAGCCAACUAGUGAGGAAAAGAUGUCUUCUGAGUUGGAAGAUGAGUCUGGUACAAACACAGAUACAUUCAAUGCAGUCCAAACGGAUACACCUCGAGUAAGGAGCGAGCCUCUCAAAGAGAUGAUAGCUGACAGUACACAGGAAUCAAGCUAUAGUGCUUCAAACUCUCAGGCUGCAGAUACGCCCAUUCAAAGCUGUCACAAAGAAGAUAGCAACACACCACACGUAGGAGAUAGCUCAAUGCAAAUUCGAAAAACGUCAAAUAAACCUGGGAUAGACGAUCAGAAUCAAAAGGUUUCUAAAUCGCAAAACCAGAACAACGAUAAGAGCGAUAUUCAAGACAAGACCGCCGCAGGAGAUAAUGAGCUGUCAUUAGCUAAGAGAAAACGGAGUGAGACGAACGAAGGGAUGGGUCCUGACUCCAAGGUUCCGCGGCCUGCAUCGAUACUGAAUCUACAACACAGCCAAGGAUUACUUUCUACCCAGUCAAGAACACAGGAAAUCAGUGGGAUUCGAUCUGACGUGUGGGACCAUCAACCCCUGUCUGUACAGAAAGGAGUCCGAGACCAGAUAGAAGCCAAAGGAUAUUCUACUUCAUUCUUAGACCGCAGCCUCGGGCCGACUAGCACACAGGGACAACUCAAAGAAGCUUCGAUGGGUGAAAUCAUGUCUGUUGUCUACGGAAUACGAGAGGUUGUCGCUGAUCUACCGCAUCGGCCCAUCGUAAGAUAUAGACCGGCAGUAGUUCAAGUGGACGGAAGUGUAGAAAGUGGCGUUCAAGGUCAAGCUGGUGGCCAAAGUUCAGAGACUUCCGGGCUUGAGAUCAGUACGCAAAACUCAUACUCUCCUCAAUUGGAGAGCCGUUUGAACGACAAAAGACCUUUGACACCGUCUGAUGUACAGUCAGCUCCGUCAUCGUCAAGGGAGCUGCUGAAUGGUGAGCUAGGGUCAUCUGGUAAUCCUACGCUGACAUCUGCCCCUCAAGAUGGAAGCUCCCUCAAUAAUCCACUGGUAAUAGAUGACAAAGAAGAUACAAGCUCAUCACGACUAUAUCUACCUAGACCUCUAAGGGACCCUUCAGCAGGCGAACGGACAAGACGUAGAAUAGGGUUUCACGGCAAGGCAAAACCUGACAGUACCACCAUGCACCAACAAAUUCCACUAGCAACGGGUUACCAGAACACACCCGUUUCGAAUAACAUACAGACUUUCGGACCAGUAUACUCACAACAGCAACAGACGAUGCUCAACCAGCACCAGUAUCCGUUCUCACCUAAUUAUCCUUUGAUGCAGCAACAGCCGCAGGCACAUCCUUACCACACACAACCGCCUUCUCAGCAUACUGCAUACCCCAACCCAGCAUUUCAGAGUCAGAAUUUCCAGCAGCAGGUGAUAAAUUUCCAGAAUCAUGCUCUGCAACAAUUCUUCCAUGGAAUGACACAGCUUCAGCAGCCCUUUCAGCCUCACCCGUAUUACCAACAACUUGCCACAGCACCAGGAGUGCAGACUGUACCACAGCAAAUGGGAGAUCAGUAUAUCCUACCACAACAGAUGAAUCAUCAGUAUAUGGGACCGCAACAAAUAGGGCCGCAACACAUGGAACAUCAAGAGAUGGCACUUCGAAGGAUGGCAAAAAUAGCACAGCAACAGGCAGCACAGCAACAGAUGGGACAGCUGCACGGACUAGUCCAAGCUCCACAUCCUCAGAUGAUUCGACCUCCUCACCAGCACUUUAGGCAAAACCCGCCUGGCCACCACAAUGUCAGAAUGCCCCGUGAACUUUGGCGCAGUCGCAGAUCCCCAAGCAAAUCUCCCAGAAAACGGAAGUCAUCACGGCUAGUUUUACCUUGACCACUAGACUUGCAUCAUACAUGCCAAGAGAUAAACCAGGGGGCUAAAAUAACACUGUUACAGAGCCAGUACUCGAGGCGCUCAUUUUUAUUCAUCCAAUGCUCAAUUUCAUUGUUGGUGAUCAACAUCGUGUAGUGCGUGGGCUAAUUACAGAUCAAGGCUCAAUUGAAAUUUGUAGAUCCUGCUUCUUGUUCUUAUAGAAUGAAAUCCGAAUUCAUACUACACCAAGUGGGUCAUGGGCCAUUGCGCUGAUUCAAUAAAAACCUAAAAGGAGAAGGGCAUGUUUUGCCGCAUCACGGAAGCGGCCAAUUCUGAAUUUAAAACCUCGCAACCGUCGAGAAAUCCUCAUCACUAUCAAUUGACCGUUCACUGAUUGUCGAUGUACCUCUCAUUACUUAC